AUGGACAUCCCGAGUCACGCGGAAAGCGUUUCGUCCUCUUUGCCGUCUGGUACAAGUGCGCCCGUUCUCCGUUCGUCAGAAUAUCGGAAUGCGGCGACUGCGGAGCUGACUGAAACACUCGCGGACGCGGAGACACGGCGCAGAGUGGUGUGCUGCCUCCGACGCGAGCUGGAGGAAGCAGAUUGCUUCUGGGCGAAGCUCGAGGACAACGCCAGCGAAACGUGUGGAGACGAUAUCGCCGAAUCGGUCGUCGCGGCUUUUAAGAGCAUUCACACGCGCAGAGUAUCGGGCAUGAAUUUGGAGCAGAUCGACGCAGUCUGCCGAGAUGUGCUGGCGCUAGUCGCGAAGAGGGCCGCGAGGGAUGAGGCCCCGUAG